CCGCGGAGGACAGCUGCGGGACCGAACCAUCAGUCCGGCUCGGCGCAGGCGACAUGCGGUCGUCGUGUCCCUUUAAGAAACUCCAUGUUUUCUCUACAUGAUGCGUCAACAUAAAAAGCGGAUGAUGCUGUUAUGUAAAACACGCCGAAGUAAAAGCCCUAGUUGACUGGCGGACCGCGGGGUUUUCUCACCGCCUCUCCUCGCUUCGCUGGCGGGCUCUCGGCUGCGAGUUGGUUCGGAACUUUCCAGAAAAAAAGCGCCGUUUGGAGGAGUUGCUUCGGUCGAGUCAACAUGAGUCGUCGCUGUUUUCCUGCUUCACUUGUCCACCUGACACCUCUGCGUGUGUCUCCGUGAGCGCGAGGUCUGGGGCCAGACCUGUCACCGCUGGCUCUCUCUGUGUGGAGUCUUCGGAGGAGGGGAGUGUGUGGAUCCAGCCAACGAUGCCCGCUGAAGAGGAAUCUCGAUGAGCUCCAACUCAACUUCAACGGACCCUGUUGAUGAGGAGGCGCUGGAUCCACUCCAGGACGAGACCAUGGGCAAAGCUGAGCGGAACCAGAUAGUCAAAUGCAGGAAGGCCUGGGGGGAGCUGGGAAGCAAGGAGAAGAGAAUCAAAGUGAGUCAUAAUGGGCUGAGUGGAAAGAAACAGAGAGAUAAUAAAGAAUUGUGCCGGUAUAAAAAGAAGACGCUGGCAGUGAGUGGACUGGAUGCAUUGGACUGCUGUGUCCUACUUACUCGUCUGGAGGAUAAAGGCUUCUUCAAUAAGGGGAGGGACGCACCAAAAAGUCAAACACAAGAUGGGUUUAAGAGAAAGCUGCAUUCCAGCCCAACCGCGAACAAAUGUGGGCUUCAGAAAACUUCGAUCACCAAUCACCAAACACUGGAACCAAAAAUUAGCCAAUUAGACGCCUUACUUUUGUGGCCCCCGAUGAUGUUCGAGCCUCGCAAGAGGAGAAUGGCUGCUCUCAAUGCCGAGGCUGUCAACAGCCUGCUGCUCUACAGGGACGAUUCGUUCUCCGCAAAGAAGCCACCGCCACCGACUUCCUCGGCUCACGAGGAUGGUUCCGCUGUCAGCAGCGACGUGAGUAUCAAAUCCAAAAAUGUUAAAGCUACUGUAAUGGAAAGGCCUAAGAAAGCCAAGCCUUCAGCAAAGACUGAGAACAUCGACUGGCUCAGUGUGUUUGCUCCGACACCGCGACGUCAGGCGAGCCUCACUGCUGCGACGCUGCUCAAACUCUCGAGCGCACAAUACGGAACGAAGCGCCAGAAGAAGGGGGAGUCCAAAGCAGCUGGGCCUAGCGAAGAUGGUGGUAAACCUGAAAGGAUUGAGCCGACCAAAACAACACUCAGCCCAAAUUGUAACAAGGAACUGAAGGAAAGUAGAUUCGGGAAGCAGGAUCCAGUUUAUCCGCACACAGACUCCGGGCUGCAGGGCUGCUUCUGUUUAUGUAAGACUGAGAAUGUAGAUGUGGAUUUGAAACAUGGCUCAGGGGGGCAGGAAAGCCCCAAACCGUCAUUCCACUGUGGCUCCACUCUGGGAUUCUCUUUAAAAACAAUCAAAGAGGAGCAGGUUGAGAGUGAGGUGUCCUCCUGCUACUGCUGCACCCAGGAGAGAUGCGUCCAGUACUGCCACCGCCUGGCCCUCUUCCUGCAGGACAAGACUCUGACGGACACCAAACCCGACAACCUGCUGUCCGAGGUGUUCCACCACCACCAUCACCACCACCAUCAUCACCAUCACCACCACCCUGCAGCUAUCAGCCCACACUCCUUCACCUGCUUCCCCAGCUACUGUGUGCACUUCACCCGCCCGGAUCCGCCCCCCACCUCGGUUCCGCUGACUUUAUGCUCCCGGAGCAGCAAGAAGCCCAAACUUCUGCCCAGCUCUGGUCCACAACCCUCAGGGAUUUCCCACCCAGUCUACUGCUGUACCUCAAUGGAGGCGUGUUACGGAGAACCCUGCAGGAUCAAGGGCUACUCCUCCUACACCAGCAUGAUCCCAGCCAUCACCAGAGGAGGGUGCUCUUUCGACUCUGCAGACUGCACCAAAUGCAGAGAUAAAUAUCCAUCGAGUCCAAAGGACCACAGCCAGUCCCCCGUCCCUAUCUUCUCCAGCCCCAAAGUCCAUGCAGGUUGUCACAUUCCUACUGUGCCUCCGGCGGCCCAGUCCGUGCCCCAGACCCCUCUGUCGCUCAGCACCCCCUCGCAGGCCUCCCUGCAGGUGGCAAAGGAGAGUCCAGAGAGUGCCAAGUCGCCCAACGGGUCGAGGUCCGGCGUGCGGGACACAAGCGGCGCCAGUUCCACUCUCUUCCCUCUCAAGAGGGAGAAGAAACAGAAGCUCGUCUCUGCGAGCAUCAGAGGGCAAACGGUUGCCAAGCAACCGAAGAACGGCCGCCAAAAAAACACCAACGGCUGGGAGCCAGUUGGCCUGCCCUUUCAGAAGGAGGUGUUCUCUGUGGGGGAGGAGGCUCCCGUGAUGAGGAAGUGCUACGAGGGGAUCCGGAGGCACGCGGAGCUGAUUUGUGUCAGGGACACGGUUCUUCUUAAAUCAGGACCCAGGAAGAAGUCGCUGCCGUAUGUGGCAAAGAUCUCGGCGCUGUGGGAGGAGCCAGAGUCAGGCGAGCUGAUGAUGAGCUUGUUUUGGUACUACCGUCCGGAACACACCCAGGGGGGGCGAAUCCCUGGGGUUCACUGCGAGAGAGAGAUCUUCGCCUCUCGCCACCAGGACGUCAACAGUGUGGCCUGUAUCGAAGACAAAUGCUACGUGCUAACGUUGUCACAGUAUUGUCGAUUUUGUGCCUUGGUCAAACGCUGUGGGGAGCGCGUGUUUCACAGCAGCGCCUCCCCCUUGGUGCCCCCCAUCUCUGGCAACGCCAUGUCCACCCACCACUGUGUGCCCGACGACAUCGACCCCGAGCUGGUGUUUGUGUGUCGACACGUCUAUGACUUCCGUUACGGACGCCUGCUCAAGAACCUGCAGUAGCACUGCAGCGCCCCUUUUAACUCGCGACAUAUCUGCGGUUUCAGGAGAGGCGGCGUUAUCGUAUCGCGGUGUCGUAAUGGAAGCACAAACGUCUUACAGGCCCUGUAUUAACUCCUCUGCUUUUUGAGAUUAACAACCGCGAAGCAACAUGAGACCUUGAGGGGGGGGGGUAAUCGCAUCAUGGUAAGGUCCGUUCUUCCUUCGCUCUUGUGUCAGGAAUUACGUUGCUGGAAGACAUGACUUUGUUUGCAUGGAUCAUCUUCUGUAUGCACAACCUUUAUCACAUUAUUCUGAGGAUCCCCUUUGAUAUCUGCCCCUGGGGCUGCUGACUCAAAACAUCAGCACAUGACACCAUCAGGGAUGAUGCAUUCAGGGUCAAGGAAAUUUCAGGAUAUUCAUUGUUAAAGGGGUAUUAUUUUAACGUAUCACAUGAAGGCAUCAUCUCCAUCAAAUAACACAUGACCUGGGGGUCCCCGUCACCCCCCCUUUUAAGUCACGUCAGCAGAGAAGGAGCUCUAGUCUGAGUUCAGAAAAUCAUAGUAUUUGUGCCAGUUACUUUAUUCACAUUAAAAUGGUAUUUUGAUCAUUCCUCCAAAUUAUUUCCCCCGAGGGAGCCAUUGUCAUUUCUUUCAUGUCACUUAAAACAGGUUUUAGAACUCAUUUUCAGCAACUAUAUUAAGGAAUAACUGAGGAAGAAAGUCUAGCUAAGCCUCAGCUGAGAAACGGAGGUAAGCCAUUUUUUUACAUUCUCAAUUUGCUUUAUGAAGCUUCACAGACAAAAGGCUUUACCCUUCUAAACUGUGGUCAUAAUGGCUUCAUUGUGGCUGUAGCAUCCGGCUAGUUUCCCCUUGUUGUUUGGCCGUACUGUGGAAUCUGGAUCUGGAUCGACAGUAAAAUGCCGUAGCUGCCGAAGCUAAGUGGAUAUAGCAAAGCCAUUCCACCAGGUUCCAAUAGAAUAGCAGCGUUUAAACCUCCACAAAAAGUCCUGUUUUUCUGGUUGAAUUAUGUAAACUGUUGCAUAUUUCUGUUUUCUUGUGUCUUGCGUUUCACACUGCUGCAGGGAGGUUUACGACCCAAACAUUUAUAAGCACUGAUCAAGUUCUUUCGCAGCACAAAAUGUUUCUUUGUGUGGGUGAAAGUUCAACACUGUAGGACAGACCUGUGUUUCUGCUGAACUCAUCCAAUGAACAUAUUCUUCUUGAACACCGUCUCCUCCACACUGUUCGCCGGGUCGACGUCGGAAAACUGUAUAUUUUUGUGCGUUUGAUGCCUCACUUAUAUUCUUGUUUUCCCGCCAGUGAAACGGCGAGUAAUAUAUUCAGUGUAGCAUUUAGGACUUUGAUGAUCCAUUCCUAUGUUGGAGAGAUGAAUUGUAUUUAUUUCUAUACCAAGAAAAUCGUAUUUAUUUUCACCAGAUCAUUUCGAUGAAUUCAUGACGUGUGGCUUUUAGAAAGGUAGCUGGUGUUGUGAACAGUGACGCUCAGCCAUGUUUGGACAAGAGAUUAGUCAUAGAUGAAGAUUGUAGCUUCCUGUCAUAUUCCUCUCACUGCUCCUGAGGAAACUGCCUCUUCACCUUUAAAUGCCUAAAGCUGCGAUGAUUUAAACACACCCUGCCAUUAGCCCCCGCUCUGGCUGCCUUAUAGAACAUUCCCCGGCUUUGGUUUGUGCUCUCAAUCUUGGACUGCUUGAGAGUCAAUUCACAUCCAUUACGUUCAAAAAAGGAAUCACUUACAUCGGAAUUGAGACAGUUUUAUGCUUAAAUUUUUGGACUAGAUGAGAGUAUUGAUGGUCUGUUUGUGGUUUAAAACGACACGGUGGUUUGUCAUCUUUGUCCUUCUUAAUAUAUAAUGCACGACGGGAGGCCACAGGGAGCCUUUUAAACCCAUCACCACAACAUGCAGUUCCAUUUUCUCGCCUCAGAACUGACUCCAAAGUCGUGAAAGUAAAUGUAAAUUAAAUGCUGUUCAAAGAAACUAGAAAAGGGUAUUUCGGGCCUCCCCUUCCUCUCCCACCUGACCGUGAUGUCACCUGAAGUUGGAUUUCCGAGCGGGAGAAUCCUCAGCCCCACGUAAUCCAACAUGACUUCCCCGAAUGUAAACAGGAAGUAGAAGUUUUGAAGCGAUGAAAUAUGCCAAAAGAAACAAUUACAUUUGUGUUUUCUCUUCGUCCGGUUUUCUAUUGGCAAACUCUUAAAAAAAAAAAAUAUAUAUAUAUAUAUAUAUAUAUAUAUCCACGUGACUCCUAGAUGGGUGGAUGAGGUAUCGUGAAACAGUAUUGCAGGGUUGAUGAAACAGUGUCCUAGUUUUCAGAGGCCACUAGAUGGAGCUCUUGGUUUACAAAUCAUCUGAGGUUUCAUUGAAUGACUCAGUGAAGUCCAAACAUUUUAGAGCAGACAGCGCCACCUGGUGGCCUCUGAAUAUCAAGACACUGUUUCAUGAAACCUCACGUCCUGCCAGUGAUGCCAUGACCUUUUAAAAGAGUUGCAGCUUCGGACAAGAAACAACCAUCGCUCAACCAUCAUUAUUCUCAUUUAAUCUGAAAAAUAUUUUUUAUUCACUAGCAACAUUUUCACUAUGAUCUAUACGACAUAUUCAUUAUGUGCAAUGUAAUGACGAGAAUAAAAAUCACUUCUGCAGAGAUUAACGCGACCAAAGACACGUGAUGUCUCAAAAAUGAUCAUCUUUUCCAAGCAAAAGCACACUCAGUGAUUUGGCUGCACAAGUGAGGAGUAUUUGUGUUCAAUGAUUAUCAAGAUUAACUCUCUGCCCAGCACAACUUCAUCAAGUUCCCCUGGUCAUUCAAGAGUCGGGGAACUAACAGCACAAAAACCACAGAACGUAAAGCACUCACUACUUUCAGAGUCACUCAGCCAACGGUAGUGUGAGUUACACCCACGUGUCGGUGUCUUAACUGUAUCUCUGUGCCUCCUGCUCCUGCCCCGCCCUCCUAACCCCCCUUCCCUCCCCCUCGACUGUCGUUCUAUUCCGAAUGCCUUUUAGUUGACACCGGUCUGCUCUUCAAUCACCGCAAUGAAUUGUUUGCACCCAAAACCGGAGACGAGAUUGUGGGUGAAUGCAUUUCGAUUCCAUUCUACCGAUGAUCCUGAUGUGUUGUUUGCAUGGCGUUUUGGAAAUACCGUGGUCAUAUCGGCCGCCACACAGAUUAUUUGUAUAGUUUUAAAUGGACCUCUGUAAUAUAAGACAGAUAUUUAAUUGUAAUAAAUAUUAUAUGAGUUUCAACCUCCUGGUUCGAUUUCUCUUGUGCGGUUCCUGGCCACGUGGGGGCUCUAUCCGGUGCGGUGGACAAUUUAGGGGACUCAAACCCCGAAUUUAGAGCUGGUCAUUCUGCCGAACCAUUCAACAUUGUUUUUAUUUUAUCAUUAUUAUUGUUGCUAGUCCGUGUUCAUGUGCUGUUGAAGUGUCCAGCUACUUCAUUUAUGUUGUUAGCAAUUUUAAGAUGGUGAAAAUGUGUCGUGAACUUUUAGGGAAAUGA